AUGCCGUAAACUCAAGUCGAUAGCACGCGUUAGCUCCACUUUGCGGACGCUUUAGGACAUUGCUCAUACACUCGCUCCGUUUGCCAGUCGCCAUUAUCGAUUUGUGGCAGAGGAAAAAUAGAGAAUUAAAAAAUCGCGUUUCAGCGUUAGGCACCGGUUAGAGAGCGCAUAAAUCGCGGUGAUAAAUUGUGUAGUGAUUGUGACGUAGGAACCACUAAAUCUUUACCGUUUGUUUAAUCGUGAGGCUCGCAUAGCAGAGUUUUCCCGUUCGAAAUAUUCUCAAUCAAUCAAUACCUCUCUGUCUCUCGCUCGCCCCAUACGCGUGUGUGUGUCUCUCUCUCCCUCUCUCUGUACUGCUUGCGAGUGUGUGUGUGUGUGUCGGUGUGGUCAGCUCCUUAGGUGCAUAAUUAAAUUAAUCAAGUAAAUAAAAGCCAGCGAGCGGGAGCAGGAACAACAACAGCAACAGCUUCAUCAUGACCAUGGCAGGGCAAACGAUCAACGACAGGCUGCUGGCCGCCCGUCACAGCCUUGCGGGCCAAGGACUCGCCAAGUCCGUUUGCAAGGCCACCACGGAGGAAUGCAUUGGCCCGAAGAAGAAGCACUUGGACUAUUUGGUGCACUGCACAAACGAGCCGAAUGUGUCGAUACCUCAUCUGGCCAAUUUACUUAUCGAGCGUUCACAGAAUGCCAACUGGGUCGUCGUCUACAAGUCGCUGAUAACCACACAUCAUCUGAUGGCAUAUGGCAAUGAGCGGUUUAUGCAAUAUCUUGCCUCUAGCAAUUCUACAUUCAAUCUUAGCUCCUUUCUGGACAAAGGAACUGUACAAGAUGGUGGCAUGGGCGUUCCUGGUGGCAGAAUGGGUUACGAUAUGUCUCCCUUUAUUCGGCGCUACGCCAAGUAUUUGAAUGAGAAAUCGCUCUCCUAUCGAGCCAUGGCCUUUGACUUUUGCAAGGUCAAACGUGGCAAAGAGGAAGGAUCGCUACGCAGCAUGAACGCGGAAAAACUUCUAAAGACUUUGCCAGUUUUGCAGGCACAAUUGGAUGCACUUUUGGAGUUCGACUGCCAAUCCAAUGACUUGUCCAAUGGCGUCAUCAAUAUGAGCUUUAUGCUCUUGUUCCGCGAUCUCAUACGAUUGUUUGCUUGCUACAAUGAUGGCAUCAUAAAUUUGCUUGAAAAAUAUUUCGAUAUGAACAAGAAACAUGCCCGCGAUGCGUUGGAUCUUUACAAAAAGUUCUUAGUGCGCAUGGAUCGUGUUGGAGAGUUCUUAAAAGUGGCUGAGAAUGUGGGCAUUGACAAGGGUGACAUACCCGAUUUGACCAAGGCGCCCAGUUCGUUGUUAGAUGCUUUGGAGCAGCACUUGGCCACGCUUGAGGGUCGAAAAGUAUCCGCUGCUAAUACUCCUACACAGUCAUCAAGUAAUCAGCGUAAUGUAAAAUCCGCUGUAUCUGCCCUGUCUUCCACCAGCUCGGCAUUUGGUACUGCAGCUGCGUCCAGCAAAUUUGAUACCACCAACGGCAUUGACGAGCAGCUUAAAGCCCAGGUUUUGGCCGAAGAGGAGGCCGCUAUGAACCAAUACAAGUCCAAGGUGUCGUCGCCCACUAGCAGCGGUGCUGCUGGCGCUAGCGCUGCACUAACAAAUCCAUUUCUAUCGUCGCCGCCAGCCGCGCAGGCUGGCCAGCCGAUAGUUGAUCUGUUCGGUGCCGCGUCGGCGCAGCCCGCUGCUGCUGCAGCAGCCACCAAGGCCUCCGACGAUCUGCUGCAGUUGGGCAAUCCUUUCGCGGACAUGUUUGACGCCAGCGGCGGCGGAGCAGCUGCUGCAGGAGCCACAGGUGCUGCACUCAAUGCCAAUAAUUUGUGGAUGCAUAAUAAUGGUUUCAAUGGCGCAUCAGUUUCCUCCGCUGCUGCUACAAAUGCAUUCGUUUCCGAUAGUAAUUUCUCAUCCGUGUUUGGUAAUACGGAACCGGCAGCUUCGACGUCGUUGCCAAAUCCAUUUUUCGAUGAUAUGUCGUUGCCCCAAGUCCCACUCGCUGCUGAAUCUGUUGCUGCGCCCUUUGGCAACAAUAUCAAUUUCAUGGAUCAGCAGCUGCAGCAACAACAGCAAGCGGCUUUAUAUGUGCAACAGCAGCAGCAACAACAGCUGCAACUACAGCAGCAGCAGCAACACCGGCCGCAGCAGCAAGCGAUAUUGCCACCUUCCAUGUCUGCAGCUCAGUUUCCACCAGGCUUCGAUGCCUUGGGCGACGUCCUCAAGCCGGCCUCGGCCAGCAACAACAGCAAUCAAAUGAACGUUGUCGCCGCAGGUUACUCCAGCAAUAGCAGUUCGAUCCUAGCGUUACAACAGCAGCAGCACCAGCAGCAACCCCAGCAGCAACUGCACCAGCAGCAACAGCAGCAGCCACCGGCUGGCACUGGAAAGAUAAUAACCGGCGACUUGGAUAGUUCACUAAUGUCACUCGUUGAUAACUUAAAUAUUAACAAAACGGCAAGUGCAAAACCCGUGCAAUGGAAUUCACCUAAAAAUACAGCGAAACCAGGUGCUAAUUGGACACCCCAACCAAUGGCGGCUACUACUGGUGCUGGCUAUCGUCCAAUGGCACAUGGCAUGACCGUAAAUCCUGCGCCAAUCACAAUCAAUCAUCCGUAUAUACAUGCUAGUUAUCCUGUAAUGCCAAAUUAUAUGCAGGGAAUGCCGGUGAUGGGACAGCCAAGUAUGAUGGGGGGGCAGGCAGCAGCCCCUUUGACUGGGGUGCCACCGACGAUGAUGGCGGCGCCGCACAGUAAUGCAACGGGCAUCAUGCAACCCAUCCAGCCAACGCAGAAUGGCAGCAAUAAAGGCGUCCCACUCGACCCAUUUGGUGCGUUAUAAGCGGUCCAGAAGGAGCUCAUACGUGCAACCCACUCUCACCACUCACUCACUCAGUCUAAGCGCUCUAACCUCAUAGACGGAAAACAUCAAACCACACUCACAGACACAAAUGCGUAAUGAAAUAUUAAAUAAACCAAUAGCUCUAUAUAUUAUAUAAACGUGGAAGUGGAAAUUAGGAUCUUGAAACUGUUUACACGAUGCUACAGAAAACAUAUAUAAAGUUUAUGGAAAAAGCAGCAGCAAUAGCAAACACAAAUGAAACGGAAGCAGAUAAGAAAAUUAUAUUAUAAUGUUGAACAUUGAGCAAAACACGAAAAAUGCUAUAUACAUACAUAUAUACAUAUAUAUAUAUUUAUAUUAUUACUAUUUAAAUGAAAACAAAUAAGUUUGACUAUUUAUAUGUAUACACCAAUUUAUAUACUAUGCUAAAACGAAUGAAGAGAAGGUAAAAGCAAAAACGAAACAAUUUCCAUCAAUAGCUAAAGGAAAGUAGCCUAUGUGAAAUAUACCUAUGAACUUUAAGAUAAGUCUUUACAAAACCUGUAGUUGUGUCCUACGCCAAUCACUAAAAACAUACACGUUGAAUUAUCUAGUGGAACUAUGUUAACUGUCUCAAAGCAGAAGAUCGAACGAACAUGAAACCGAUUCAGAAAUGAUAUUUUCAAACGCAGUCCAAGUGCUUGCACAGCUUAACGUAAUCAUUUGCAAUAUUUUAAUCCGUCUAUCAAUGUUUUUCUGUUAUUUUUAGUCAUUUCUUGUGACUAAAUACCUAUUAUACGUUUUAAAGUGUUGUUAAGCAAGUUAUGAUUUGUUGAACGGCAAAUAAUUGUAAAUGCAUUCCAAACUAGCUUCAAUUUUGUCCAAAUUUAAUUUGCGAAGGCGAAAACAUUUGUAAUUAUUAAGUAUUAUUUAACAACCAAUUCAAGCAACGCUGAUGUAAAAUGUGUUGAUAAUAUGUUUAAAUUCUAGAAAAAAAACCGCAACGUUUAUUUAAUAUGUGUUAUACUUUAGUGCGUACGUUGUGUUAGAAAUUUAUUUAAUUGCUUCUAGUAUUCGAUACAAAACUGACAUCAUAUACGUGCAUAGUUCAUUUCAAGAAUGUGUAUAUAAAGCAUAAGACGUGUGUGUAGAAGUUUUCCUACAACGCGGCAAGCUGAGCUAUGUUUAAAUAAAAUUUAUAUGAAUUAUAUAAAAAAUUUAUUUUUUAUUAUUUUUUAUUUUGUGCUGCACUGGAAUUAAUUGCCAAAAUCAAACAAAUUAAUUGACUUCCAAAUUUUUCAUCAACUCCAACCCACCACCCCCUUCAGUGAGUAAUUUUUGAUGGUUCAAAGGUUUCUUCAACUAUCUUCACAUUCCAAAUGCUUAAAAUUCUGUCGCUUUAUAACUCCCAUUAGUGGGAGUCGCCGGUCCGCCAUGGCCAUGAAUUCUUCAAGAUUAUAUAGCAGUAGCUAUAAGCAACACCGUCAGCUUUUCGCUGAUACCCUUCAAAAUUAAUCACAUAAGCAGAAAAGUACGCUAUAUUUUUGCACCAGCCAAAAUGCAAUUUUAUUGCUCACCAAAGUAGGCAACAAUUUAGUGGAGAAAUCAAAUAAGAAGGUUGACCAGGACUUGUGGCAUGUCCUACUUUUGGAAUAGGUGGGUCAACUCUCGUAGGCAAACAACAACGCAAAUGCAAUAAUCGUUA